AUGGAGGCCAAACUGAAGAGGAAGAAAUUUCUGAACAACCUGCAGCACAACAUCUGCAGGAACUAUCGUCUGUACCAACAUGACUUCUACGAGCAGUUCGACAGGUUCCUUUUCAACUACGGCGUGGUGCUGCUGAACCCGUUUAGGAAAAACGAUUUAUUCUGCAGCCAGCUCUCCUUCCUCAGCUACACGGUUCGCUUCUUCAGCGAGGAGGCGGGGCGCGGCGGAGAUGAAGAAGUGGAGAGGCGCAGCGAAGAUGGGGAGGUGGAGAGGAACAGCUCAGACGGUGAAGCAAGCCUCGGGGGAGACGAUGAAGCAACCCUGGGGACAGAGGACGACCCCGCGGAGGAGGCGCUCCGGCGCGUGGACCUCGAGGCGAAGAGGAAGGAAAUCUGGGACACGGUGAAGAGCAAAGCGGAGGCAGAGGGGGGAGACGCAGCCAAGAGGAGGAGAGAAGCGGAGAUAAAGAGACUCAGGGAGGAGAACCCCCUGCUCCCCUACGAGGAUCUAAAUGAAUAUAUAAAUCUGCUGAUGGUGAGAGAUAAGGACGGGGUAAACUUCGCGGAGGAGCUCUUCUUCCUCGUUUCUCAGUUGCUAGUGAAGAGCAAGCACAGCCUGUACGUCACCGUCCUUCUAAGCAUUUUAAAAACGUUGCGACAGAUAAGGAGGAAGAUAAACCUGCUGAACUACCUGCAAGUUUUGGUCUUCCUCAGCGAUGUGAAUCUGAGCAAGGUGAAGCAGUUCCUCUUUAAGAGCGUCGUGGAGGCGAUCGUGCAGGUGCACCGGGCGCCCAGAAGGGGCUCCACCGGUGUGGGGCGAAAUGGGGCAGGUCCCUCUUCAUCACAACGAAGUGCGGUCGGCCCCCCCUCCUCGCAGCGCAGUUUGGCAGGCUUCUCUUCCUCACUGCGCGCCGCGCCGCGGAAUGCCCCAAAGCUGGGGGAGCAAAUCCUGCUGCUGCUGCACGAGGCGUACGUGGAAAACAGCCAGCGGAAGCGCAUCCAGAGGAAGUACGCCGGCUCCGUUGGUAGCGAUCCCAAGGGGGACUGCCCAACGAAGGGGGACUGCCCAACGAAGGGGGACUGCCCAACGAAGAGGCACUCCCCAACGAAGAGGCACUCCCCAACGAAGAGGCACUCCCCAACGAAGAGGCACCACCUCCUCGGCGUGCCCACCACGGAAAGCGUCAACAACUUGGCAUGCAGCGUCCUCAUGGAGUUAAUAAAAAAAAACAUCUACGUGAAUAAGAGGAACGUAAAUUUCCUAUGCGAGGGGAUAUUUUAUAAAAAUGAAAAAAUCGUAAAGUGCAUUUGCUUGGGGCUGCUGGGCAAGCUAAAUAACAAAGAGUUUGUAAUUCGAAUGGCAAAGGAAAAAAUAAAUGCCAACAAACAGGUGGAGGAUUUAAAAAACAUAAGCAAUCAGACCCACCAGAAGAUGACGAAAGCUAAGAUAAAGAAGCUGCACUUGAAGAAGGAAAAAAUUUUGAGUAGCCUACAUAGGAGUAACAACAAAGGCUCCUCCUCCACGGAUGAUGAUCUGCCAGACAGCAAUCAGGGGAGACGGAGUGACCAUCUCCUCUCCCAUAAUUCCAACUACCUUUUCAUCGAUUUGCUGUUCGACCCCCACUCCUUCGCCAACAACGUCUUCAAUUUGAUAUGCACCAAGUAUCGCUCCAGCCAUGGUACCGUCAAGUUGCUCCUCCUGAACAUCCUCUGCAGAAUACACCAGCGCAAUCAGAUCGUCGAGGAGAACCUAUUCCUCUACUAUGAGAGCCUCCUUCGAAAUUUAAAAAGCAAAACGAUAUUGCCCAAGUACCUCUCCACGUUUAUACAGUGCCUACAUGGACGCACCCCCUCACUGUACGUUCAACGAGUGGUCCAUUUGUUAAUUAAAAAGUUUUUGCUAGACAAUUUGUCCGAGGAAUUCAUCUACCUCAUCAUCAACACGAUCAUUGAAAUUAUUGCCAAGUGCCCCGACUGCCUAGACGAAGAGGUGUUCGAGUGCAUCAUCGUUUUUAGGGAUUAUAAAAAUAAAAAUAUCGCUUCCCUCAUCAGACGGUUUGUUAACCUCUGUAAGGACGUCAACCCGGGGGUGCUCGAUAGGAAGUUCCUCGACAGGAAGACGGCCCUCCUCAUGCAGCGCCGCAAACUUUGCAGCGAGGCGGGGCGCGCGCCGGACGCGGGCUCGCUCCUCCGGUACUCCUACCUGUUGGAGGCGGCGGGGGGGGAGCAGCAAGAUGAAGAAGAGGAGGAGGAGGAAAACGAGGAGGAGGAAGAGAUUGAGGAUGGAGAGGAGGAGGAGAACGGGGAAGAGAUUGAGGAUGGAGAGGAGGAGGAAGAAGCGGAGGAAGGAGAGGAGAACGAGGAAGGAGCGGAGGAGGAGGAGGAGAUCGAGGAAGAUAGCGAGGAAGAAGGUGAUAAAGACAGCGAGAAAGACUGCGAGGCAGAGAGCGAACGACGGAGCGGUACGGAGGAGGGCCAGGAGGACGCCCCCGCAGAUAGACCUACCGCCCACCCGCUCGACAAGCAGGCGAAGAAGGCCAGGCGCAGAGACGCCAAGGUGAAGGAGGAGCAGCGCAUCCUGCGAGCCAACGAGCAGAUCCUAAGCGAGAAAAUCCUGACGGACGAGGACUUUAGAAAACUCAAACGAAUGAGGGACUACAUCACGAACAACAAGAAGGUGCUCCUGACAGAUCUGCAAGACAUCUGCAACGCACAGUACAGCGAGGAGGACUCUGGAAGCAGCGCCGACGAAGGCACAGAGAAAAUCAUCACCCAUGAGGACCUACUGCUCAAGAGGAAAAUAAAAAAACAAGAACUGAUGAAGGUGAAAAUGAAAAUGAAAAAAAACAGCCAAAGUGACAAUCGAUUUAAAACCAACAAGGAAAAGGAGAAAAGGAAGUCGGUCAUGAUGUUGGCGCAGAAGCUGAGGAGGAAGAAGAAGAACAACGCGGCUGUGCAGUACGGCAAGAUUAAGAAGAAGCUCAAGGGGAAGCUGGCCGCGCGGGCCAAGAAGAGGGGAAUCCUGCAGAAGCGAAUUGCCAAGAAGUUGAGCAGGCGCCGCCGCUAG